AGAGCGCCCUUGUUCCAGGGACUAGCUGGCUGAGCGGUCGCCGUAGCGGCGACUUUUCUCCGUUACACCUCAGCACUUUAACAGCACCGGUAGUCCUCGCUCCGCUUGAGGCGGGAGCUGCUUGGCCCCGCCGUCGCCACUGUCGCCGCCGCCAGGUCCAAGCCCCUGGCUACUCCCGCUGCCGCCAUGAAGCUGCGGGUCCGGCUUCAGAAGCGGACUUGGCCUCUGGAGAUGCCGGAAGCGGAGCCGACGCUGGGGCAGCUGCGCGCCCACCUGGGCCAGGCCCUGUUGCCCACUUGUGGAUACAGUUCUGAUACCCGGUUUGCAAUUACAUUGAACAACAAAGAUGCCCUCACUGAAGAUGAAGAGACCUUGGCUUCAUAUGGGAUUGUUUCUGGGGACUUGAUAUGUUUGAUUCUUGAAGAUGCCAUUCCAGCACCUAAUUUACCUUCAUCCACAGAUUCAGAGCAUUCUUCACUCCAGAGUAAUGACCCACCCUCUUUGGCCGCCAGCUCCAACCAGUCCAGCAUACAAGAUGAACAACUGAUUGAUUCAUUCCAAGGACAGGCAGCCCAAUCUGAUGUCAGGAAUGAUGACAGUAUGCCAGGGCCUAGUCAAAAUGUUGAAGCAGAGUCAGUUCAAUAUGCUGUGGAUGUGGAAGAGGGCACAGGUUUCUAUCCCUCAGAACCAAUGCUCUGCAGUGAGACGGUGGAAGGGCAGGUGCCUCAUUCUUUGGAGACUCUGUAUCAUGCAGCUGGCUGUUCUAACGCCAGUGAUGCCUUGAUUGUGUUGAUCCACCUUCUCAUGUUGGAAUCAGGCUACAUACCUCAGGGGACAGAAGCCAAAGCAGUGUCCAUGCCAGAGAAGUGGAAAUCGGGUGGUGUGUAUAAGCUGCAGUACACGCACCCCCUCUGUAAUGGCGGCUCUGCUGCUCUCACCUGUGUGCCUUUGGGAAACCUCAUCGUCAUAAAUGCUACACUAAAAAUCAACAAUGAGAUUAGAAGUGUAAAACGAUUGCAGCUACUACCAGAAUCUUUUAUUUGCAAAGAGGAACCAGAGGAAAAUGCAGCCCAGAUGUACAAAGAUCUUCAGAAGCUCUCCCGCCUCUUCAAAGACCAGCUGGUGUAUCCUCUUCUGGCUUUUACCCGACAAGCCCUGAACCUACCAGAUGUAUUUGGGUUGUUAGUCCUCCCACUGGAGCUGAAACUGCGGAUCCUCCGACUUUUGGAUGUUCGCUCUGUCCUGUCUCUGUCUGCAGUUUGUCAUGACCUCUUUAUUGCUUCAAAUGAUCAACUCCUGUGGAGGUGUUUGUAUCUGCGGGAUUUUCGAGAUAGUACUGCCAGAGCUCGAGAUACAGAUUGGAAAGAAAGCUGGAUAUUCCUCCCUUUGCCCCCCAGUAUGUGGGGCCCAGCGACAAGGCUUGACUCCUGUCCUACCCUGGGCAGUAUCUGCCUAAUUACAGAGCCUCAGAGAGGAGUCAGUGAAGUCCUAGUUCUCUGCUGUAACCAUGGUUAAUAUUCCUUUGGGUAGUCUCCAGUUGACUGUUGAAGAUGUGGAGUGGAUGAGGUUAUUGGGAAACACUAGGUAAGUCACAUUAAAUAAAGGUUUAAUCUUAAGUGACUUAAAUGACUAUCCUGGGAUUUCUUCCCCAAUAAGUUUUAGUACUUAAGUUUCUACUGUUCUGCAUCAAAAUAGGUAAAGUGUUAAUUGCCUUGGCAAGGCAAUGUUAACUUGCUUCUGCUCUGCUCACUGAAUGAAAGGGUGUAGAGAGCAGAUACUUAAAAGACAGGAGUUUGGAAAUGGGAAUAAAAAUUAGAAUCAGUAUAAAAGUAAUGAAAAGUGUUUAGAAUUUUAAAGGAUUAAAAAAAAAAAAAAACACUGUAGAAGGAAUGUUUAGUUUUAGAUUUUUUUUUUCCCCUUAAAGGAAUGCUUUACUGAUUCCGAAGAACAUUUCCCAGCCAUUUUCGCCUUUUCCCUUUGGUCUGCGGGUUGAGAGAGAUUUGAAUACAUGGCCUAAGUGUCCACUUCUCGUCUAUUUUGGCUGUGUAGUUGGUCUAGGGAAGCACAAGGGAGCCUCUGGGCCCUUCAUGCAUUGUGUUUGGUAAAUGGACUGAGUGGACUUGCUUGUCGCCCAAACUCCCAGUUUGUCUCCGACCAAACCAAAAGUGCCAUGUACUAUUAGAGUCUAAAUGUUAAACUGAAUCCCUUAAUUCCAUCAGUGACCACUUAGGGGUCUAGGACAGCCUUUGACACUUGUCGGUAUAAGAACCCUUUGCCAUUGCGUCAAUUUUGAUUCAUCGGGUCGGGUAGAAUUGCCCCAUAGAGUUUCCAAGGAGUAACUGGUGGAUUUGAACUGCUGACCUUUAUGGUUAGUGGAUGUUGCUCUUAACCACUACUCCACCAGUGUUUCCCUUGUUGGGAUAGUAGUUAGGAACUGGCCAGUUUACUCUGGAGGCUAAAAAAAAAGUCUGUGAGAUACACGUGAAAUCGUUCUUAGGCAAUGACCUGUUCCUGCAGUGUAUUUAAGGUACUGCUGGGUUCUACAAGGCUGACUUCACUUGCUUAUCCCGUGAUUCUGAACUGCAUCCUUUCACCGAUUCUAAACACAAAGCAAAGCAAAGUUUUAUGAAGCUGAAUAAAGCAAAAGCUAGUUUGCUCCCUAAUGCUGGGAGGGCAUUUCCACUCCAGAUGCACUGAAUCAGUAUCUACAUUUUAACAGAAUCCCCAGGUGAUUCUAAUGUAUUACUUCCUGGGAACUUGUUAGAAAUGCAAAUUCUCAGCAGCAGUUCUAACCAGAACAAACAGGUUCGAAGCCCUGACAGGAAACUGGAAAGAUUUAGGCCAUGUGGAUGAUGUUUAUGGAGCCGCUAGUUUUGCUUGGAAUCUCUGGAUAGUGCAAACGGUUAAUGCGCUCGGCUGUUAACCAAAACAAUUAAGUUUGAGUUCACCCAGAAGUACUUUGGAAGAAAGACCUGGCAAUCUACUGAAAAAUCAGCCAUUGAAAACCCCACGGAGCACAGUUCUACUCUGACACACAUGGGGUCACUGGCUUUACAUGUUUACUUACCAAAGGCAUGGGUCCCCAGCUGUGUUGGUGACUCUAACACAAACAUACCAACACUAUUUCUCACUUCUGGCUUUCCUGCACAGCUCAGCUCUGGGCUGACUUUAAUAUGUAUUCAAAGCACCUAGGGAGAUUGACAGAGAUGCAACUUCUGGGCCCACUGCCCAGACAUUCUGAUAACGUUGCUCUAAAAUGAGGCCUUCUCUGUCUUUGUAACUAGCUCUGCUUGUGGCCCAUGGCCCACCCUUUGAGAAACUUUGUCAGCCUAAUGAUACUUCGUUGUGUGCUGGGAGCUGUAUUUUAUUACUAUGGGAGAAUGCAGUGAGAUUGUUUGACUUCUACUACCUACCGAUCUUAAUCUCCAAUAUAGCAAAGUGGCGACUACGGUAGGGAUUUCCUACAUUCUCCGUCUAACGCCGCAUCACACCCUGCCCUUGCAGUUCUCUCUCAUCCUUUUAUUCAGAAGGUAGCACAGAAUUAUUUCUUUGAAAGAUCUACCCCUGAGUAAUGUGGGGAAGGUUUUUUUUUUUUUUAAAUGGAAGAAACCAAACUAAAUCCUGUAACUGUGUAUGCUAGAAUCUUAUAAUGAAAUCGUGGGGUAGAGCUCCAAGGUCCCUCUAUGGGGCAACCUCAACUGCCAUUGUCAUGAGAGAAGGCAGGGGCCCAGGAACCUUCAAGGCUGGUAGUUUGGUUCCCUCGCCAUGUGACCUAUACCAGUGACAACUACUUUCUCAGGGCCAAGUGGGAAAAAUGUAGCAGUCUUCAGAGACCCUCUAGGAAGAGGACAUAAACAAAGUUAGAUGAUACGAUUAUGGGACAUACAUUUGUCAAUUCCCAGUGAUUAUCCAUGUGUGUCUUAUACAUGUGUGUGUAUAAUGGGAUCUCCAGGAUCCUUGACAGAUGGCUAGUCAUCAAGUCUCACAUUAACCAAAAUUUAUACUCUCUUUUGUUACAUUUCUAGUAACAGAAUAGCUUUAAAAGGUACCUGCAUUUGACUUGUAAAUUUCAUCUCCUGGUCUCCUUCCCUUCUGCCUCACUUAGCUUUCUCCAGAAGUUGCUAGGGAGUGGUGAAAGCAUCAAGUCAGGCAGCAGGAGGAGAAAGAGGCAGAGGCAGAGUUCUACAGAAUUAUAAAACUGGCUGAUGUACUCCCUACCCUCAGCUUACCUCCCCAAAGCAUGGUCAUGGGGGUGUUGACCUCAAGGCCUCCACUUUAGACCAUGGGGGUCUAGGCAGGAUGUGUUGAGUGAGGCCUGCUUGCAGCAGCUCCAGUAUGGGUCUGACUGUCCACUGAGCCAUUUCAGCUCCACUGGGAAGCAUUUCCAGUGGCUUCUGGCCAGCCCAGUUCUGUUGCAUUGCUGACCUUUUGGUUAGCAGCCGAACGCUUAACCACUAUACCACCAGGUUGCAUUGCAUAGGUUAAGUGAAAAGGAGGGAGGUGUGUUACUGGGCAGAAUGAGCUCCAGUCAUGCCAACAGGGACUGCCCCCUAGACACUGAACUCAACAGAGCAUAGAGAUAGAAUAAGGGUGAUUUUUUUUUUUUUAGUUGGGGUUGGGGGCAGUUACAAGAAAGAGUGCCAGGCCCUUACUGGUUCACCCUUUAGGUUACAUAACAGCCAUUUUAUUUGGCUGCUGAUACCAGCCAAUGUCAGUCAGGCCCAAGCCCACCAAGGUCUCCAGCUGCCUAAUUAUGGCACCCAAUGGACAUUAGCAACUGGACUCUCCUGAUCUUUCUUAUGCCAGGGCUGCUUGUUAUUACAGAAUCCAAGACCAGGGGUCCUGAACAAGAGGAGAAAGAGGACUUCUGCAGUAGCAGUUUCUCUUGCUGUUACGAUUGAGCUGAUCACAAGGGAGGGAAGAGGGCAAGGUAGAAGAGGACAACUCUAA